GCGUCCUUAGGCGCGUCCCCGCCGAGGCGGAAGAGCAGGUGCAGCGCGCUUCCGCGGCGCGCCAGGAGGACCAGGCGGGACUGCGGCACGUCGUCUUCGCUGUCCGCCGCAGGGCCUGGGAACAGCAAGCUCGGCAGCACACGGACAGCGGCGGGCGCGAGCGCGCGGUUCCGCAGCAGGCGUAGGGCGAGCCGCGCGUCCCCAGACUCGAGCGCCGCAAAGCUGCGCAGCCCGAGCGGCCCUCUCGGCCCGUGGAGCCGCCUCUCUAGCGCCUCCCGCACGCGGCCCCGGCCCGCGAAGCGUCGGUACACGUGGAGCAAAUAGCGCGCCCACUGCAGCGCCCGGCGCACCGUCGCGGCGUCCCACGUGCUCACCAGCGUCCCGCACGACACGGCCAGCAGCUCUGAGAAGCGUUCAGUAUGCUGCACAAGUGGCUCCAUGGCGGCCGCUUCCGCCCUGACCUCCGAGACGCGAGCCGAUUGGACGUGAGCGUGAGGGCCCGCCUCGGCCUGCUGUGCCAUUGGACGACGGCCGUGUCAGUCUCGCAACGUGGUUUCCGGGGCACUUUGGCGCUGGAAAUGAACUAGGGGAAAGUCGGAAGCUUUUACUCUGAGUGUGGGAGAGGAUGCGAGAGUGUGUUUGAGCGCCAGGAUUUUAUGUGCCUCUUUGUUUUAAAAAUGGCCGUGGUAGACACUUUGCCGCUUACCCGAAAGGCGACCGAUGUUCAUCGUUAUUAGCAGUGCGGAUGUGAUCUUAAAUGGCCCAUUUUUCUGAUACUUGUGGAACCAGGACUCUCACACGCUAUGCUGUAUCCCCGGACUUUUUUCCUUUCCCCUUAUUUAUAUUAUUUAUUGAUUCUGAGGAAACUUAUAACUAAAUUGUGCACGCAGCCUUUCAGUUUUCAAUCCUUCUGCCUCGACUAACCUAGUGACUGGCAGCACUAUCCUGAGACAUACUGGAAAAGCAGUAAAUGGAAAUUUAAGCUCAAAUUAAUCUACUUAUUUAUGCUAUACUCUGAAAAAUUCUGAGCAUUCUUAUCAGAACAUAUAGUUAAGCCAGUUUUGUUUAGUUUUUGACCAUUAGUCCAGACUAUAAUGUUUGGCCUUGUGAUUUUAUUUUAGUCUAACUGUAUGAUGGGUUUUAAAGUUUCUGGUCGUGGCUGUUAGGAAUUACAGAGGUCACUGAAUGAAUACUCAAGUCACAUGGUGUGAUAGUGAGUGAAGUACAGGACUAGAGCAGUAGAGAUAAGUGUAGUUAAAUGCUACCCUGUCCCACAGGAAACACUAACAUUCCACUUAAGAGACUUUCAAGUUAACCUCAUAAUGUGCUAGAAAAAACCUAAGAGUCACUAGAUCUUAGAAGUUAGGGAAAACUCCAUUAAACCUUUCUUUCAACAGAAUGCCCAAAGGACAUAACUCUGAAAAAGCCUCAAGGCCAUGGGGGCCAUUAGUAAGUCUUAAGCCACCAGAAUGGAAACGAUAUCCAAUCCAGGAUGAGAAGUCCAAAACAACUUUAUUUCCAAGUGGCUGGGACAGUGCAGAGAAACCAGCAGUUCUCACCUUUUCAAAACCAAUAUUUUUGUUAAUUCUCAGCACCACAGUGAGCAUGUCAACUCUUAGCUUCCUUCCUCUGCUGCCUUGCUUGUCUCCUGCCAUGAUGAACUCUUGCUCUACUAGAACCCUGAACCGUGUUAGGAACGGAUAAAUGAUGUGCACUGCCCUGAGCCCCAAGGUUCGCAGUGGACCUGGCCUGUCUGAUAUGCAUCAGUACAGCCAGUGGCUGGCCAGCAGACACGAAGCUAAUUUGCUGCCGAUGAAAGAAGACUUGGCCUUGUGGUUAACCAAUCUAUUAGGGAAAGAGAUAACAGCAGAAACUUUCAUGGAGAAGUUGGAUAAUGGUGCCUUGCUGUGUCAGCUUGCAGCAACUAUGCAGGAGAAAUUCAAAGAGAGCAUGGAUGCCAACAAGCCUGCCAAGACCUUACCACUGAAGAAGAUUCCUUGCAAAGCCAGUGCACCCUCGGGCUCCUUUUUUGCCCGAGACAACACAGCCAAUUUCCUAUCCUGGUGCCGAGAUUUGGGAGUUGAUGAAACGUGUCUUUUUGAAUCUGAAGGCCUGGUUCUGCAUAAGCAGCCCCGAGAAGUGUGUCUCUGUUUGCUAGAGCUUGGUCGGAUUGCAGCCAGGUAUGGUGUGGAGCCUCCUGGUCUGAUAAAGCUGGAAAAAGAAAUUGAACAAGAAGAGACACUUUCUGCCCCAUCUCCUUCACCCUCUCCUUCAUCAAAGUCUUCAGGAAAGAAGAGUACUGGAAACCUAUUGGACGAUGCAGUAAAAAGAAUCUCUGAAGAUCCACCCUGCAAGUGCCCAGCCAAGUUCUGUGUGGAGCGGCUCUCUCAAGGCAGAUACCGAGUGGGAGAGAAGAUCCUCUUCAUCAGGAUGCUGCACAACAAGCAUGUGAUGGUCCGUGUAGGAGGAGGCUGGGAGACCUUCGCAGGCUAUCUGCUCAAGCAUGACCCCUGCCGCAUGCUGCAGAUCUCCCGUGUGGACGGCAAGACAUCCCCUGUCCAGAGCAAAUCCCCAACCUUGAAGGACAUGAACCCAGAUAAUUACCUGGUGGUCUCUGCCACCUACAAGGCUAAGAAGGAGAUUAAAUGAAACUGAUCUCUGAAAGAGGACUCAUGCAAUGGCCUGUGUCCACUCUACAGUAUAGCCAGUGUAGUUCACAUGCUCUGAAAAACCACACACCAUCAGGCAGGAAAUUACUCAAAAGGUAGCACUAUUUAUUUUUAAUGCAUCUGUAGAAUUUUGCCUAUGGAGAAAAAUUCUAAAUUAAUGAAAUCAGACAAAUUGUAAGCAAAUCAUUAUUUCUCAAUAUGUGAACAUAGUAUUUAGAACAAACCUUGUUAGGAACUAAGUUCUAGGUAUAGCCAUCGAAGGUGAUCAUGACUAGACUAUAUUUACAUAUAUGGGUAGGUCAACAGAAAGUGCCUGCUGUAUGUCUAUGAGCUAAAGCACCCCAGAAACUUUUAUAAUGGCGGGAUUUUAUAACUAUUUUUUACAAAUUGACAAUGUGAUAAUGUGCUACUAAAAUUGUCUGACAGCACUAUAUAGUACAGAGUUUUCUCAGCCAUAAUACUUAACUGGAAAGGCCACUUCAGAGAUGUUUCCACUGACUUGGAAAGAUUGCCUUAAAGUUCAUCUCUGAUCCCUGACCAAACCAACCUCUGGGGUACUUUUGGAUGUUGCCUGUGCAGCCCCUUAGGAAUAGCAGGUACCUUUCACACACACAGAAGCUGUGUUUAGGAUAAUCACUUAGUGAAAUACACGUGCCUAAGCUAGCAGACAUUUACAUUUUGAUGUGUGGACUGCACAGUCAAAUUGUUCAUCAAACAUUUUGUUUAUUUCAAGCAUUUUCUUAUUAAAAUAUAUAUCUUUAGUUAGUCCUAUUCUGCUAGGCUGUCUCAUGAAGUAAAUUCAUGUAGUAAAUGAUGUUACAGACUUGUAUACCCGGGACAGGGCUGUUUUGUAUCAAUGAACAGCAAGACGUUGUCCACACUGAUUUAAAAAUAAAAAAACAAAAAGUUAAAAAAAAAAAACCUACAUAUUAUCUGCCUCUGUAUCAGUGCUUCACUCUUAAAUAAAGUUAAUCUUCAAAACUA